GCUGUUGAAUUUUUAGCUAAAGCUGCUGCUUUACAUUGUCUUAGCAUUGUCAAAGAGAAUAAUUUAAAACCAGAAGUAGUUGAUAUAACAAUUCAUAAAUUACUUGAAAAGAAUAGCUUAGGAGAAAUAAUUAAAAGAAUUGGUUACCCUUGU